CGGGAAGAUGCAGGUCACAGCGAUAUAGUCAACAAUGCAACAUGUUCUCGAGCCUCCACGCAGGCAAGCAUGGGUUGAGUCGCCGUACCUGCGGUCGCUUAUAGCCGGCGGCCUUGCAGGUACAACCGUAGACAUGUCCCUCUUCCCCCUCGACACCCUCAAAACCCGCCUCCAGUCUUCAGCCGGCUUCGCCGCCAGCGGUGGCUUCACCGGCAUCUACAAAGGCCUCGGCUCUGCUUUCGUCGGAUCUGCACCUGGCGCAGCACUCUUCUUCAUAACCUACGACUCCAUUAAGCGGCAUAUGACCCCCUCGACGCCGAAGAUCGCACACAAUGUCGAAGGCAAACCGUAUGCGCAAAUAGAAGGGGGAAGAGGGAGGGAGGCAGGUGUACACAUGCUUGCCGCCAGCUUAGGAGAGGUGGCUGCUUGUGCGGUCAGGGUGCCGACCGAGGUCAUAAAGCAAAGGGCGCAGGCGAGCCAGCAUCCAUCGUCGCUAUCUGCUUUGACGUAUAUCCUGAACCAAAGGCAUACGCAUGGAAUAAGGCAUGUAUGGCUGGAGCUAUACCGCGGAUGGAGCAUUACACUGCUCCGCGAAGUCCCCUUCACAGUCAUUCAGUUCCCGCUCUGGGAAGCAUUGAAACGGUGGCGCAUGCACAACAGUGGAAAGAGCGAGAUCAGCGGCUUGGAGGGCGGUCUCUUGGGUAGCGUAGCAGGCGCAGUCGCAGCUGGUAUAACGACGCCACUGGAUGUGCUGAAGACACGGAUGAUGCUGGCCAAGGAGAAGCAACCGAUGAUGAGCAUGCUGAAGCAGAUACUAGAGCAAUCAGGCCCCAGAGCGUUCUUUGCGGGACUCGGACCGAGGGUCGGGUGGAUCUCUACAGGAGGUGCGAUCUUCUUGGGUAGCUACCAAUGGGCGAGCAACGCGUUGGGCGGCUUGGAGGACCUAUGAGAUGUUCAUUCAAGGAGUAGGCCGAAUUAUUAUAGAUUUCGAAUUAGACGUAUGUGAUACUGUAC